ACAGUGAACAGCGCUUAGUGCCACAUCACGAAUCUUAUCGCAAGCGCACGAAUGCCAGAAACAGCAGCAACAACAACAACAACAACAAAAGCAACAGCAACGGCAACUAAAAGCUAAAACCCGACAAACUCGAGCCGAGCGUAGGUCGGCUGCAGAACAAACAAGUCAUCUAACAAAUAUACGAAAGAGUAUAUAUAUAAUAUAUAUGUAUAAAAGACAGCCAGCCAGCCAGCAGCAGCAACUAGCACUGGAAUCGCUAGCUAUAGCCAAACGAGCGAGCACUUAUAGCAUACGACGACGUCAAUAAACACGAGUGCGACGUUGUGCGAUACUAAUACUAGCAACAUCAGCAGCAACAGCAACAGCAACAGCCACAGCCACAACAACGACAACAACAACGCAACCCUCUCAACUUUAAACGCGGCUGACGCGAGUGCUGGCAAAAUGUCAAACCAGCAUUAAAAGGAGUCACAGAAAGAGAACGAACGCAAAACACGCCAGUGAGAGAGAGAACGCGCUAAGACAAACGCGCUCUCAGAGAGUGACAGUAGCAGCGGCAGCAGCAACAGCAACGACAACAACAGCGCAAUUGACUUUUAAGCAGUUUGAGCUUUCAUUUUGAGGACGCUGCGCAGCUGUUACCGAAGAGCAGAGAAAGAGAAAAAGUGAAAUAUAAUAACUGCAUUUGGCGAGCAACUUAACACAGCCAUGGACACAGCAGCAGCAACCACGAAAAAGGGAAAUAACAACAACAGCAAGAGCAAAGGGGGCAAGACGAAGACGCGUCGCAAUGAACGCAACAUUUUAACUUUCUAUGAGAAAAUUGCGGUUAUACGUUACUACGAUGAGACGAACAUCUCGCGCAAUAGUCUGGCCAAGAUGUUCCAUUGCUGCGCAACCCAAAUACGCCGCAUUCUGGAGAAGAAACGUGAACUAUUGCAGCAGCUGGCGACGCUGAGCGAAGCGGAUGCCUCCAUUAUUAUUGAAGAGAUGACGCGCAAGCGCCGAAAGUUCGAAAUGAGCGCCAUAAGCUUUCUCCUACACGAGUGGGUGGAGCGUUGUCGCCAGCUGCGUCUUGGUGUUAGCAUUAGGAACCAAACGCUGAAGGAUACGGCACUCAGGAUGGCAGCGGUGCUCAAAUUGCCAGCCUUUAGACCAUCCUAUCGCUGGCUAAACCGCUUUCGCAGCAAGUACAAGUACGAGGACGACGAGUUGGGCUACACAGGACCAAACCCGGUGGCGAACGUGCUGCCUCUGGAGCAGAUUAUUGUGGAAUUUAAGCAUGCCCUGCCAAAUUUCAUGCAGAAGGAACUGGCUGACAUCGACAUGGAUAACAAGCUGAGCGCUGUCACGCCUGAACUGGUCAACCUAUCGAGCGAAAACAGUGAAAUAUCCGAUGGAGAGGAUCUGGACGACGAUGGUGUCGAAAUGCUGACCUGCGAACCAAGUGUGCUACAUUCCCCAGCCAGCACAUCAGAUGGAGAAGAUGAGUCGCUGCCGAUGCCGCUGCCUCAGCAGCAACCGGAAGAGGAUGCCUCGAUGAGCCUGCUCAUGAAUGCGGGCUCAUGCUCGCUGUUAAGCAACGUCUUCCCCCACUUGGCCAUCAUACAUCAGUUUGCUUUAAUAAACUCUGAUGUGCAGGCAUUGGAAUUGAUCUCUCAGCUGGGCGUGCACAUGCAGCAGCAGGCGACAGCUGGUGCCUACCAAAUCCUAAAUCUGCCUACGAAUGGGGAAGCACCAGCUUUGCCCACCCCAGAACUGCCACCGGGCAGCAUUUACGCGGACAUAGAUGACAUCGAGUUGAUCGAAUAGAAUUAAGUAUAUGAUAUUCAUAAAUAAAAGUCAGGUAGCACUUA